GCGGAUUGCGCCGACCAAUCAUCAUCACAUCGUUUUCUUUCUUCGCCACCCAAUUAAUUAAUUAGUAUAUCUUUUAAUUACAAUUUUUCCAUCUUCUUCUUCUUCCUCUGAUCAAAUAAGAUCCAAGAUCUUGUUUUUUCCUUCGUAUCGUCGCGAAACUCGCGAUUUCUUUUUUGUUUUUCUUCUUCGAUUAGACUAUCAAUUGUGUUUCAUCCGUUUCUGUUUUUUGUAUCUGAUCGGAAGAUUCUAGCUUUUUUUUCUUUUUUCUUCUAGAGAUAGUUUUACUCAGAAGAGCUCGUUAAGAGUUUAUAGUGUUAAGCGAUGAAGAGUGCGUCGUCGGUGGAACAAUCAGUUGAAAGAAUCGAAAACGGUCACAAGAAGAAGAGGAACAGGCCUCAGAAACAUAUUCGUCGAUCUAAACACAGCUCAGUACCGAUAGAAGAUACACAUGUGGAGGAGUCGUCAGAUGGUAGAACUAGUACUAGGAGUAAAGCUAAAGAUUCUACUUCUUCAUCGAAGCAGCAGAGAUCGGACAAUUCUAAUGAACUUGAAGCUAUGAGAGCGUCUAAUGUUGCUUUCAAUUCUAUGCCGCCUAUGCGUUUUGAGGGGCGAGCUGAAACUGGUUAUCCAGGGAGGUCUGCAAGUCCGUUGCUUUCUUCUCCUCAAGUUAGUAAGCAAUUGUUAUCCAAGUCGUGCCCUGAUCCUAGGGCUUGUGAGCACUCUCCUAGGAUGGAUGGUGACUUGUUCCAGCAAAUUGAAGGUUCCUCUCAGCGAAAGAUUUUCUCUUCACACUGGUCUCUUGAUGCUGUGAGCCAAGCUUUAGAGAAAGGUGAAGCUUUUAAAGCGCUAUUUCGGGUGAAUGCUCAUAAUCGCAAUGAGGCUUAUUGUAAGAUCGAUGGAGUCCCUACAGAUAUUCUAAUCAAUGGAAAUGUUGGCCAAAAUAGAGCAGUGGAAGGUGAUAUUGUUGUUAUUAAAUUGGAUCCGCUCUCACUGUGGCCCAAGAUGAAAGGAUUUGUUACUGAAAGUGUUGCUAAGCUUGAAGGAACGAACAGUCCCCCAGAGAAAGAUGACAAAAAUGCUCGACAAAAGAAUGCUAUUGAUGUGGUGGAAGGUUUUGAAGAUGGGUUCUUGGCAAACAACUCUUCAGUUAUAGGACAAGGAGCUAAGAACGGUGUUACUCGCAGUUCUUCACCAUUACUGGAUUCAUGUUUGGGUUCUUUUUGUGAGCAGAAAGGAAAUUGCAGUGUGGUUGAAAAGCUAUGCGGCAUCCUUAGUUCCUUCCCCCACAAACGACCAACUGGACAAGUAGUUGCUGUUGUUGAAAAAUCACUUGUAAGGGAUUCUAUCGUUGGCUUGCUUGAUGUCAAGGGAUGGAUUCAUUACAAGGAAAGUGAUGCAAAAAGGUGCAAGUCUCCUAUGUCUCUUUCUGAUGAUGAAUAUGUCCAACUGAUGCCUGCAGACCCUAGGUUUCCUAAAUUGAUUGUUCCCUUCCAUGUCUUACCUGGAAGCAUUAGAGCAAGACUUGAGAAUUUGGAUCCGACUCUCGAGGCAGAGCUGGUAGCUGCCCAAAUUGUAGACUGGGGCGAAGGGAGUCCAUUUCCCGUAGCCCAAAUUACACAUCUAUUUGGCCGAGGCAGUGAAUUGGAGCCUCAGAUCAAUGCGAUAUUAUACCAAAACUCGGUUUGCGAGUCUGACUUUUCUCCUGGCUCGCUUACUAGUCUUCCACGUGUGCCUUGGGAAGUACCAGAAGAAGAGGUUCAACGUAGAAAAGAUCUGAGAGACCAGUGUGUAUUAACUAUCGACCCCUCAACGGCUACAGAUCUUGAUGAUGCUCUAUCAGUGCAAAGUUUACCCGGCGGUUUUUUUAGAGUCGGUGUUCACAUUGCUGAUGUUUCCUACUUUGUUUUACCAGAGACUGCUCUUGACACAGAAGCUCAGUUUAGGUCGACAAGUGUUUACUUGCGCCAGAGAAAAGUAUCAAUGUUGCCUCCAUUACUAUCAGAGAACAUAGGUUCACUUACUCCAGGAGCUGAUAGACUUACUUUUUCUAUCUUCUGGGAUUUAAACAGAGAAGGGGAUGUGAUAGAUCGCUGGAUUGGUCGUACUGUUAUACGGUCGUGCUGCAAGCUUUCAUAUGACCAUGCUCAAGACAUUAUAGAUGGGAAAAGUGAUGGUGCAGAAAAUGGCUGGCCUGCGUUGCAUGGAUCUUUCGAGUGGAGUGAUGUAAUUCGAUCUGUCGAACAGCUUAGUGAGAUUUCUUCCACUUUAAGGCAAAAAAGAUUAAGAAAUGGGGCUUUGCAGCUGGAGAAUUCGAAGCCUGUUUUUCUGUUUGAUGAACAUGGAGUUCCAUAUGAUUUUGUGAUGUGUUCUAGAAAGGGUUCAAAUUUUCUUGUUGAGGAGUUUAUGCUCUUAGCAAAUAUGACAGCGGCUGAGGUUAUUUCUCAAGCUUACCCUGCUAGCGCAUUGCUCCGGAGGCAUCCAGAACCAAAUACGCGCAAGCUCAAAGAAUUUGAAGGCUUUUGUUCAAAGCAUGGUAUGGAUUUGGACAUUUCUUCUUCUGGCCAACUCCAGGAGUCAUUGGAGAAAAUCACUGGAAACCUACAGGAUGACUCAGUUUUUGUAGAUAUUCUGAACAAUUAUGCUAUAAAGCCUAUGCAGUUAGCAUCUUACUUCUGCACUGGGAAUUUGAAGGACAGUGUUGCUGAGUGGGGACACUAUGCACUAGCUGUUCCUCUUUAUACUCACUUCACAUCUCCUCUUCGACGGUACCCAGACAUAGUUGUUCAUCGUGCGAUAGCUGCUGCUCUUGAGGCUGAGGAGUUGUACUCAAAGCUGAAGCAAACAUCAAUUGAUGAAGUGGGAAGCUGUUUCACCGGCAUUCAUUUCAAUAAAGAUGCUGCUGAAUCUAUGGAGGGCAAGGAAGCAUUAUCAGUCGCUGCUUUGAAACAUGGUGUUCCCUCCACUGAAAUACUUUCUGAUGUCGCUGCUUACUGCAAUGAGAGGAAGCUGGCUGCUCGAAAAGUCAGAGAUGCAUGUGAUAAGCUCUACACUUGGUUUGUGCUGAAGAAAAAAGAGGUUUUUCCAUGUGAAGCCAGAGUAAUGAACUUGGGAUCAAGAUUUAUGACUGUUUACAUUAGCAAGCUUGGCAUUGAACGUAGAAUAUACUACGACCAAAUCGAAGGCUUGUGUGCAGACUGGUUAGAUGCAACAUCAACGUUAAUCCUCGAUAAACUAUAUUCCAAGAGAGGUGGAAGAGGCUAUUUCAAGCCCUUGAAGGAAGCAGUCUAUUUGGUGAGUCCUUGUGAUCAAUGUGUUGCAAAAUGCAGUGCAUUGUCCGUCCAUGACACCGAGUCAUCAGAAGCUGUGUCAAAAGACGAGGUUGCCCCCGCGGUUUUCCCUUUGACCAUCCAACUUUUCUCGACCAUUCCUGUGGUUCUUCACGCUGUUGGUGGAGAUGAUGGUCCGCUCGAUAUAGGAGCGAGACUCUACAUGAGUUCAUACUAUUAUUAGAGGAUUGGAGCAAAAGAAAGAUCUCUGAAGAGGUAGAUUAUAGCAACUGUUGUAUAUUUUUCAGAUUACAGUUGCUAAAAAAGAAAAUCAUGUCGGAUUAGAACAGCUCCGUAGUUGGGAUGAUAUAGAUACAUAGAGACCAAUGUGGGGACUUGCCGUUGUUUUUUGGUUCGGUCUGGAAUCCCCAUUGGUUUGAUUCGAAGUUGUGUUAAAUGUGUUUCUUUUUUUUUUUUUUUUUGGGCAAAAUGUUAAAUGUGUUUCUAUUUCCUUUGUUUUCAUGAUUA